AUGGAACUGAUUCGGGCAAUUAUUCUCUUGAGUAAAAUUUUUAUCGCAUCGUCGAAAAGUUGCUCCCCGUGCGAAAAUAAUUAUUGCACAAUCGAAGACUGCCACGUCAGUUCAAAUUUGCUAACACAAGCAGAAGAGUACCAGAUGGUACUCAUCAGGAAAUUGAAUUUUGAGACAGUCCCUCAUACAUUUUUCGACAAUGUGAUGAUCCUUAGGUUGACUUUUCUCUUUGUGAAAACAUCGGCACCAAUUCCUGAAAACCUCUUCGCCAACAUCAACAGAUUGGAUGUCCUUGCCAUCAAGCAUUCAGACGAGCUGUACAAUAUGAUGUGGACCAAUGUUAGAUUCAUGGAGCCUCUCGCUGACAAACUGGUGACUCUAGUUCUAACUGAUCAUCUGCCGCCUGGUUCCAAUGUGAAAAUGUUUGAGAAUUUUAUAAGGCUGGAGACUGUAAUAAUAAAGAAGCAGUUGGAGACCAUGGCGUUCUUAAAGUACAUGAAGGUCGUAAAAAAUUUGGAAUUCAAAUCGUGCAGUCAUGCUCUGGGACAAAUUCAAUUAAGCAAUUUACACAAUUCCGUUGAAAAAAUUAAAAUAAUCUCCACCACCGGCUUGAACUUAUCUUCGACAUUUUUUCAGUUGUUCAAAAAUUUAAAAGAAAUUUCAAUAAUUAACUGCAAUGGAACAAUCGGGAACGAGUAUAACUUGGAUACUCUGAUGAAGUUUCAAGUGCAACAUUCAAAGGAUAUUGCCAGGCAAUUAGUGGCAUUGAAAAACAAAUUAUUAAUCGAGCAAUCUGUCAGGGGUGAGGGAGGCAUGACAACUUUCAACUUGCAAGUGGAAGAGUCGGACGUCGAUCCCGGGCAGGAGCACGAAAAUGUAUUUUACAACGAUGUCGCUUUGGCAGAUGGUAGACUCAGCGAGCGAUCCCUGCUGGAUCCUGGCGAGUCAGACCUCGACCUUGACCUCGAGUACGACACCGAUAUUUCGUCAAACCUUGAAGAAGAACUUAUAACUGGUAAGAAGGUGAGCCCAAAAAUUUUAUUUUUCACCGUUGAAACAACCAGCUCUAAUCAAUUGAUUGCUAAGUGCGGUUCACUUGGGGAUCCUGCAGUAGAUGUCGUCCUCAUAUUUCCUGACGAGAGAUCAAAAAUUUAUCGUCGAACUCAUAUGAGUUUCAUCUAUGUGGCCCGUCACGUUGAAAACUUCGUCCACAUGAAAAAUGUGACAGGGGUUUACCAAUGUUUCGCGUUCAAUAGCUUCGGCACAACAAAUUUUGAAAAGGUUCAUUUCGCGGAGGUCAUAAAAAUUAGAUCGAAAGUGACUUCCAUCUUACCUCCAACUCUUAUCUUAACAGUCUGCUCUGUGCUCGUGUCCGCUAACGCAUUUUUUAACAAAUUUGUGUCAGAUGGAUGA